AUGUUCGAAAAUGACUAUUUCUUUCGUUCUGUGUCAGCGAUGGGACGUGGAGGACUAACGGUGACGGUUGGGAUACAAAUAAUAGCUCUGCUUUGUUUGUGUGACGGGUCGACAGCGCAGCUUUCCUUCUCCGUUUCCGAGGAGGUUGACAAAGGGACGGUGGUGGGAAAUCUCGCUAAGGAAUUACAGAUUAAUGUCCCGGAACUGGGAAAACGGGACUUACGCAUUGUCGCUGGGAAUUCUAAGACAUAUUUUGACGUGGAUUUAAAAACCGGUGCUUUGUUCGUUUGCGAUAGGAUUGAUCGUGAAGAGCUGUGUCCAAAUACGGCAAAAUGUUCCCUGAAUAUCGAAGCCAUUCUGAGCCACCCGACGCAUCUGCAUCGCAUAGAGAUCCAGAUUAUUGAUAUAAACGACAAUGCACCAUCUUUCCGUGAAAAGGAGAAGACUUUCAAUAUUUCUGAAUCCUCAUUUACUGGAGAGAGGUAUCUACUUCCAGUGGCGAACGACGCAGACAGGGGGAGUAAUUCGGUAAAAAGCUACAAGCUGAGUCCGAAUGAGUAUUUCUCACUAGACGUACAGAGCGGUGGACAGCACAGUGAGUCUGCGGAGUUAGUGCUACAGAAAUCUUUAGAUAGGGAGAAACAGUCAGUUAUUCACCUGACUUUAAUUGCUGUGGAUGGAGGAAAACCUGCCCGAUCUGGGACAUUAAAAAUAGUGGUUUAUGUUAUGGAUAUAAACGAUAAUGCUCCGGUAUUUAGUCAAUCUCUCUAUAAGGCCCAGGUCAUUGAAAACGCCCCGUUUCAGACGUUUAUACUGACAGUAAGUGCCACAGAUUUAGACGAAGGAAUAAAUGGUGAGAUUAUCUAUUCAUUUAUUGAGAGAGGACAGUUCAAUCCUGAAGCUGUUUUCUCCAUAAAUCCAGACACAGGCGAAAUAACCGUGACCGGGAAAGUAGAUUAUGAAGAGCAUACAGCAUAUGAUAUUCGUGUACAGGCUAGAGAUAAAGGUACGCCCUCUCGAAGCGUUCAUGGUAAAGUGUUAGUUGAAGUGACUGACGUUAAUGACAACACACCUGAAAUCAUUAUCACAUCUCUUAUGAGCCCAGUUAAAGAGGAAGCUGAGAUAGGCACAGUGGUUGCUUUGGUGACUGUGACUGACAAAGACGGAGGUAAAAAUGGUCUCACAGCUGCUAAUAUUCUUGGGUUGGUGCCUUUUAAACUAAAGCUAAACUACAAAAAUUAUUAUUCAUUAACAGUUGAUGGAGCUCUAGACAGAGAGAGUGUAGCUCAGUAUAAUGUCACUGUCAUAGCCACUGAUGAAGGGACUCCACCUCUCUCCAGCAGUAGUGUCAUUCCUAUUCACAUUUCUGAUGUCAAUGACAACGCACCUCUCUUCUCAGAGCCUGUGAUUAAUGCAUAUGUGAAAGAGAAUAGUGCAGUGGGAGCUACCAUCUUAACUAUAACUGCAGUUGACCCUGAUGUAGAAGAAAAUGCUAAAGUUACAUAUUCUUUAAUAGAUGGCAUUUCAAAAAGUAUUCCAAUGAAUUCUGUUGUAAACAUCAACUCAGAGAUGGGAGAUAUAAUCAGCCUGCAAGUAUUUAACUUUGAGGAGUUAAAAACGUUUCAGUUUAAAGUUCAGGCCACAGACUCUGGUGUUCCUCCGCUCAGCAGCAACGUGACUGUGAACGUUUUUAUCCUG